AUGAAAUUGCUGCCAUCACUUAUGGUGGGUGUAUUGGUUCUAACCAUCACCACCAGAUCAGACACCGCCGACACAACAGACGCAGCUUCAGACUCUACAGCAGCAGGCUCUACAGCAACAGACGCAACUUCAGACUCUACAACUACAGCCGCAGCAUCAGGAUCUACUACAGCAGCCGCAGCAUCAGGAUCUGCAACAACAGCUUCAGCAGAGGAGGCAACAACAACUGAAUCUGGUGCCACCACAACAGAAGCUGCUUCAUCAGCAACUUCUAGUAGCAGUAAUGCUGCUGCUAGAAGGAGAAGGCAAAGAAGACGACAAGCCGCUAAAAGAAGGCGUGCGGCACGAAGAAGGCAGCGUCAAGCCCGCAGACGUGCGCAAAGAAGAAGACGUAGAAGGCAAAGGCGUCAACGCAGAAGACAGCAAGCAAAUCGUGGUUAG